AUGAGCCCACCUAGCCUAUCAGCGGCGGGCGACCUCGACGUCCACGGUGACAUGGCAUCAACGCCUCCACCACCGUCAUCAACGUCGUACCAUACCAACGACGUCGCCUCCACUACCUCCGUCACGCUCACUAAAGAGCAAUUCGACGAGCUGAUCAGGAACCAGCGCCCCGCACGGGACGACGACGCAUUAUCCAUGCGUCAGCGCCUACCCCCAGCCAACCCUCCGGUCUUCCCCGACGACUCGAAACUUACGGAGGACAAUUACGUUGACUGGGUCCCCACGAUGCCGCCAUGCCCGCCCUCUUGGGCUGGAUUCAACGCUCGGACGAAUCGAGCGACGGUCCCCGUUGCGAAGGCGGUCGUACCGACCAAACGCUCUGCACCAGGCAAGAAGGGAAAAUGGGAUCGUUCUGGUCCUGCCCCGAGCAACUGCCCAGCUUGUGGUCAAGGCAAACACUGGCUCGACAAGUGUCCGGAAUCGCGCAAGCGAGCCAAGUACCUCGAGCUCAAAAACGCCAUGAAGGAACUCCAAGGCUCAUCAUCGCCUGCGUCCACGUUCGUGGCCACCGAGGCAGCAUCCAAGGAUCAACACCUGUCCGUCGUUUCUUCUGCUACGUUUGUCAACAUCGGGCCACCGGCGGAAAUCCUUCUGCUAGACUCGGCGUCGGCGUGCCACGUCGUCAACGAUGCGUCCUUCUUUGACGGCCCCCUUUCACCUACCCCGCAAGUCCUGCAAGGUCUAGGGGGAACGGUGAAGGCCUCGGGAAUCGGCUCGGUCAAGCUCGUCUCCGAUAAUGGUACCAGGUUCACCCUCAACGACGUGAUCUACGCCCCCGAGAGCCCUGCCAACCUCAUCUCAGUCCGGGCCUUCGACCGCAAAGGCGUUCGCAUCACCUUCGAACACGGACAAGUCGAGCUCCGCACGCCGCAAGGGUGCAUCGCCACAGCAUCAGCCAUCGCGUCCUGCGUUUACAAACUCAACGCUUCGGUCCAAGCUGCCAGCAAAGAUGCGCGACACACGCUCGUUGCCACCAAGUCCAAUAGGCUACCUUUACUUACCCUUCACCGGCGCUACGGCCACGCCUCUGUCCAGACACUUAAAAAACUGGCGGCCUCUGGCCAGGUGGAGGGUUUAGAUUGGCCCUAUAGUGACUUCGAGUGUGAUGGCUUCACCUGCAACGCGUGCCUUGCCUCCAAAGCGCAUCGUUUGCCUUUCCCCUCUUCGUCGUCGCAUGCCGCGGAACCACUCGCAUUGGUGCACUCGGACGUCUUAUCUUUCCCCGAGGAAUCCUUAGGCCAUAAGCGAUACCUCGUCACGUUCAUCGACGACUUCUCGAGGAAGACUUGGGUUUACCCCAUCGGGCACAAGAGCGAGGUCCUUCAGACAUUCAAGGAUUGGCUUCUGGAGAUCGAAAACGCCACGGGUCGCAGGGUCAAAACACUUCGCUCGGACAACGGGGGCGAGUAUGUCUCUACCGCUUUCAACGGCUAUUGCGUGGCCCGCGGAAUUCAUCGCGAAUUGACCAUACCGUACACACCCGAGCAAAACGGUCGGGCUGAGCGAGCCAACCGGUCGAUCGUCGAGGGCACCCUGGCUCUACUGUCUCACUCGGGACUCCCACGAUCGUGCUGGGACGAGGCUGCCAUGUGUUACAUUCACGCCAAGAACCUCUCGCCUCACGCGGCCCUUGGUGGAGCCAUCCCAAACAGUCGUUGGUCGGGCCACACACCAAGCGUAGGGGGUCUUCGGGCAUUCGGUUGUCGCGCUUGGACCACCGUGCCGGCUCACCGACGGGACAAGCUCGACCCAAAAGGGAUUCCUCUGGUCUUCGUCGGGUACGAUCGACACGCGAAAGCCUACCGCCUUCUUGAUCCUUCCUCCAUGCGUGUGAGUCUGGGCCGCAAUGUGACGUUCGUAGAAACCGAGUUCCCCUUCGCUAUCGCGCCCACCCGAGUGACGCAGCCGUCCAUCCCGGGUUACGCCCCCAGCCCCCACCCGUCGAAGCUCCAACACCCGUCGAGCCUCCCCCACGGCCACCGGCCCCAACGCCUGUCGAGGCACCCGCGUCGCCCGCAUCGACCAGCUCGGCCGACAACGACGACGCCUCAUCGACCACGAGCGCAACGACGGAGUCAGCCGUGAACCUGCCGCAACCACCUCCGGAUCCAGCUCCACUCGCCAAAGUCAAGCCGAGUUGGGAGUACGGCGACGUCGCCAAGGUUGGUCCCGAUCCAGGGAAGUACGGUGAAGUCGACGCUCGAAACAUCAUUGAUGGCCCCCGGACUCGCCGCCAACCCGUUCCCACCAUGAUCACGCGGGAACAGCCAGUCGACGGCACCGACGGACCCACCGCCUCUUUCAAGAGCCUGCUCCUUGCCUUCGCAUCCACCAAGGCCGGCUUCGCAGAUCAUGACUUGUCGGUUGUUCGCGAUCCGGCAAAUUGGGGCGACGUCAUCCGAUCGGGACAAGAGGACGUUUGGGGCGCUCCGGCACAGGAUGAAUUCGAUUCGCUUCUGAACGAUUACGAGGUCUUUCAAAUCGUCGAAUCCUGUGAGCUCCCAGCGGGUGAGAUCCUCCUGCGGUCGGGCUGGGUGUUCCGGACUAAACGCAACCAGCAUGGCGACAUCACCGAUCACAAGGCCCGACUUGUUGCUCACGGAUGUGCCCAACGCCCUGGCCUUGACUUCGAGAAGACCUACGCCCCUGUCGUCAAAUUCACGUCCAUUCGAGCCCUCAUCGCACUCGCCGCGGCCAACGGCUAUCACGUCCAUCAGGCCGACGUCAACAAGGCGUAUUUACACGGCAAACUUGACAAGCCUCUCUACAUGCGCGUCCCUCAGGGCAUAAACCUGCCAGGCAAGAUCCUCAAGCUGUCCAAAUCCAUCUACGGCCUUCGCCAGGCCGGCACCAUCUGGAACGCUGAGAUCGACUCGACUCUGCGGUCCCUCGGAUACGUCCCCACCAGGUCUGACAUCUGUAUCUACCGCCGCGAACACGACGGGCACUCACACUAUAUUGCCUUGUACGUCGACGACUUGCUUUUGGUUGGUCCCUCUACCGCCGAAAUCGAGCGGGUGCUGGACGCGCUGGAACUCGCAUACGGCAUCAAACAUCUCGGACCUGCCGAAUAUAUUCUAGGCAUCCAAGUCAAAUGUGGACAAGACGGCUCUAUCAUGCUCUCACAAGAGCGCUACCUUCGGGACAUCCUUGCCAGGUUCCAAUUCACCGAUGCCAAGCCGGCAAGUAUUCCAAUGCAGCCAGGUGUCGUCCUUGACUUCGAGGACUUGGCGGCCACUCCUCAGGAUCGUACGCGCUACUUGCAGGCCAUCGGUUCGUUGAUGUACGCCGCAGUUGGAACUCGUCCGGACCUCGCCUUCGUGGUCAGCUACCUCGCUCGCUUCUCCCAGCAGCCUGGCCCGGAGCAUUGGACAGCCAUCAAGCAGGUCCUCCGUUACAUCAAAGGCACGCUGGACUUGGGCCUCACCUAUCGCAAGACCAGCCAACCACUCCAUGGCUACUCGGAUGCGAACUGGGGAGCCUGUCUAACGACCUCACGAUCGACCAUGGGCUACGCGUUCAUCUUGUCCGGAGCCGCUAUUGCUUGGUGCUCCAAACGCGAGCACAGGGUGGCCAAGUCCACUACCGACGCAGAGUACCUCUCUCUUUCGUACACAAGCGGUGAUGCCAUCCACCUGAGCGAACUCCUGGCUGAACUUGGCGCUCCGGUCUCCGGUCCAGUCGUACUCUACGGGGACAACCAAGGUUCGCUGGCUCUUGCGCAGCACCCGACCAACCAUCAGGGGUCUCGUCAUGUUCGCAUCUCGGAACAUUACGUCCGCGAGAGGGUAGCUGAGAAGGAGAUCGAGGUCCGCUACAUCGCCACCGGCGACAUGAUUGCCGAUAUUUUCACCAAAGCCUUGGGUCCCAAGCCGUUCAUCUUCCAUCGGGAGAAUUUGGGUUUGCGAGGUGCAGUGGUAUGACAGCACGGGGGGGUGUCAAUAUAUUGCUGUUUCAUCCCACUGGUAUUCCCGAUUAUGAUUAGUUACUAGUUGUUGAUAUUAGUCGCCCCGCGCGUCUCGAGCCUGCCUCGCACGCGCUCCCUUAGCGCUUAUCUUCUUUCUCCAACUAUCUUUACUAUCUUCAUCGGCUCUCGUACUUACGCACUUCGUGCCUCGGCCUCAGUUCCUGAAAUGAACUUCCUCUUUGAGACGGUCGGUGGUGACCUGGGCGCUCCUGAGUCCUUCGCAUUCGCGUCGUACGAGAGAGCGACCACGCGUCAUUACCUCCUCUCGGACCAAGAGUUGGCGAGGGUUUUGGCACUGGUGGAAUCCACGAGCACGGAUCCAAACCCGCCAGAGGACGAGCACGUCACCUACGUCCGCAGCUGGGCGCUCCAGGUCGAGGAGCUUGCCCUACUCGUCGAGGCGUGGGUCCAAGCCGGGAUCGCUGUCCCGGAGAGCUGGUCGUGGCUCGUCGAUGCCUUCGCCCAUGAAGAUCCGAACAAAGUCAUCUACGUACGUUACGUUGGUUCGACCUGUGGCCAGACCGCAUACAAUCGGUUUAUCGAGGACCGUCAUCAGCGCAAGACCGGCAUCAUGGGCGAGUUUCUGGGCACGCUGCUCGAGGUCGCUCCCCGAGCCUACGAGCACGGAAAGACGUUCGAGGUGCGUUCGGAGAUGGUGUCGAUUUUUUUGGUUAGAGUUUCUUGACCUGAGCGAAUGAUUGUACACGUUAUGCCACAGAUCCGAAAUGCUCGUCUGCCGUCGUCGGCGUCGUCGGCGGCCCGCGACUUGAGGGAGCAAGUCAUCAUCGCCUUCUUCGGGCGUCACAAUCUCUUGAACGUGCAAGCCGGAGGAAUUUAUGCAUCCUACGCGCCCGAUCCCUCCGACAUCAAAUUUCUCAAGAGCCCUACCUCGCGUUUCUUCCAGAACUUUGCCCAAUGGUCCAAACCCGUCCCUCGAGCAAUGAUUGAACAGCUCAAGCACUGGAAGGACUACGUCGCCGACCUCAUCGCCAGCAAUCCGCAGUCAACGCGCUCGGCCGUGCUUCCGCUGCCCACCAAGACGCUCGACACGAUGUUCGGGCAAGCCGUUCCUAGCCAAAUCGGGGGUCUCGUGCCCAUGGUCCAUGUCGGCCUCGACAUCACCCUUGAAAGUUACCUCGAUGGAACGGCGUACCUGCAAGGCAAGUGCCGCACAGGGCACAUCACCGUCCGCUUCGCCGAGCGACACGCGGGAUACGAGCUCGGCCGAGAGGACGUUGAGCUCGACAAAUCCGUUAUGCCCUUCGUCAACCUGUUCCCGUGGCCAUGCAAGGUCGACAUUGAUCUGGGGUUGGCGCAGCUCACGAAUUAUCUUGUCGUCGUCCUCCCCAUUCUCGUCGUCACGUCUUCGCACUUGGCGUUCUCCUGCGCCAUGGCCAACUGGCUGCACCCACUCGGAAUCCGUACGGACGCCGAAUUCUUCUCGCACGUGGGCAAGGUGCACCGUCGAUAUCUCCUUGACAAUGACUACCUUGAGGACGAAACCCAACUCGAGCCACCCGGCGAUCGAGAGGUCCUCGUCAUCGGCCACAUUGAUCCAGGAUUCGACAAGUAUGGCGCUCAGCCGCAAGAGCUUCGACGAGUCUUUGAUAUAUGCCACGCCAUCACGUGGUUCGUCGCCGGUGUUGUCGUGGAAAAGUCCCAUCUACUCGCCCAGGGUCGUCCCGACGGCCGAGCCGAUCGCGCAGCCGUCAUCGACGAGGUCAUGAAAACCCUCGACUCGUCCUCCCGCUUCAGCGACCUCGAGCAGAAACGUGACGAGUGGGUUGCCGAAUAUCAACUGUGGGCGGUCGAGCAUCGCGCGCAGUAUCGUCCUCGCAUGGGAACGGCGGUCGCGAGCAGGGUGCGCAAAGCCGGUGCGCGGCGACGCGUAUCGAACGUCGAGCUCGCAUGGGGCGAUGUCGGCAGUGCGGAGCGUCGGCGCCAGCUCGUCCGCGUCUGGAAGCUGCAGAACCCGGAAUAUUUUCUGUGCUUGGAGCGGCCGAUCACUUGGGAAAAGUGGGAGCAGUGGGGCGGGGGCGUCGCCAAAGGUAAUUCGUAUUUCGCGACCGCGCUCGCGCAGGCUGGUCGACAGCGCCUGGUCGCCCAAGGACAGCAUCCUUUGCGCAGCGUCUUGCUCGGUGAGUUGCUCGUCCUCAGGCUGGCCCUCGGCGUCCGCACAUUCACCUACUGCCAACCUGCGUAGACGCCCUCGCUGGCUUUCAACCUCCAACGGUUCGCUGACAGGUAGCUUUCGACUUCUUGGUGUGUGCUGUAGCGUUCACCCCCGACGAUGCCAUCGAUGAGUCCUGGAUGGCCGAUUCCGUCGCCGUGCAACGAGCCUUGUCCGCGUGGUCCCGCAACGCACUCGCCCACCUUCCGACCGAUCAUUGGUCCAGCAAGAAGCAACGCGCACGCACGCUCAAAAAGGGAACCAUCUUCUUGGACCGGCUGGAGGGCGAGGUGGCAGAGUUCAACUUUUCGAACCGAAAGUGCGAAAUCUUGCUUCGCCGCCACGACGCCGAGGUCGACGACGACUUUACCUUCCGUCUUCGGGUUUCGCCGAGCUUCGCCCCCCGCGCCCAAGGCGAGCGCCGCAUCUUGCACUUCCUUCCCGGAGGCGUCGGACUCGAGGACGAGAACGGGAAUUUUCUACAACGUGAUGGUUUCACCCCCGAAGAAGGCAUCUUUCGUGCUCGAGACGCGGUGCUGGGGCAUCGUGGGGACGUCUUUGCUCGCAUCUUCGCUGCCGAACGGGCGGCUCUGGCCCCUGCCGCGCCUGCCCGCACGGCCACCGCCACCUCGACGAGUACGAACACGCUCGCUGCUACAACCACGGGGACGCAACUCCUGAUGCCCCCGACGGGAGAGCCGCCGGUCACGUCGACCACCCGUAAACAGAAGCGCACCGAGGCGAGGGAACAGGACAUCUCUCCCGGAGACGGGGUCUGGCUGCUGAAACAAUGGGUCGACUGGAGGUGUGGGUUCGAGAAGCCAAUCACAUUCAACACGCUCGAUCCCAGCGACGCCCGCCUCUCCGCCGACCUGCGCGAGAGCUCGAUCGCAACGAGCUUUGUUCGCUUUCUGCACCAGGAGCCGUACGCCCGCCACCCAUGGAAGCAGAGGUGGCUCGAUUGGUGCAACGAUAUCAAGCUAAAGGGCAAGAAUAUUGUGGCCAACCUCGAACGUUUUCGCGUGAUCCAGUGCCGCACCGGACGGGUCAACUUUGGCGCAGGGGGAAUGAUAGACUACCGCAUCAUCACUAUCUUCCCGCAACAAGUCGGCGCCAGCGCUCGCUCCGCUGCGUCCCCCACUCCCCCUUCCUCAUUGGUAUCCGGUCCUGGGUCCCUCGUCCCCGCCACCACCUCUCGUCCUUCGCCAGCUACUCUUGCUCCCGCAUCUCGGAGCGAUUCCGCCGUCGCAGGACCGGGACCUUCGACGGAGCCCUCACGUCGUGCUCGAGUCGCGGGCAAUGUCGCACCAACGAAACGUCCUCGAUCGCCCUCGCCAUUCGAGGAGUCGUCGCCGUAG